CACCACAGUCCAAUUCUUUGAUUGGAUUGUUUGAAGUCGUUAUUUUCUCUAGCACAGCUUUUCAUCCUCAACACAGAUGAAUUCUCCGAGGUAUGAAUGUUCUCAAUGUGGCGGCUCGGCUUGCGAACUGAAAUGCCUUCCGUGUUCACACACUGUGAGCACUCAUUGUUUUCAUAUGCAAAACAGUCAUGCGACUGCUGCUUCUGUUAAUUGUACGUGCCCAAUCGACAAACACGAGUUUCAUUUGGCUGAUGACGGCAUUGAGAGCUUUCCUACCAGGGGUUUUUCGGUUGAGGUUUCAAACAAUCGAGCGUUUAAUGCCCAAUCACAACCAGCUCACGUCGAGAUGGAUGCACUGUUGACAUACACACAGGAAUACAAAAACGAUUUGUCAAUUUCCAUCCGAGACAUGGAACAUGCCAUUCAUUCGUCAUUAUCAGAGCAGGAGGUUCGUGUGAAGGAGGAGAUCAGACGAACUGCCGAAGAUCUGAUCGAGGUUGUUCUGGCGAAAGAGAAAGAGUUGUACAGAGACGUGGAUCGAUUUAUCGAAGCAGAAAAACGAGAGAAGCAGCAACAAUUGGCAGACUUCUCUCUAGAGGCUCAUCACAUCGUGGAAGUAGUGCGACGACAUCACGGCCAGUUUAAACAAGUGAGGGAUAAUCCUGCGCUCAUGGAUCAACUGCAAACGAGCCUUCAAACCGUAAAUGAACGCAAGAGCGCCCUCAUGGAGGAGAAUCGACGUUCUUCGGUCAAGCUUUCAUUUAAAAUCAACGAGAAGUGUUUUGAGGAGCCGAUUGGGAAAGUGGAAUGUAGAAGGAGCAAAGGUCCCACAGGAAGUGAUCAGCUCAAUUCUCCUUUGACGAUACCUGUGCGCCAUCUGUCAUCAAGGCGGCGGUCCUCGAGCGAGCGCAAGAGAAAAGCAGGACAAGUUAUUAAAAAUAUCAUUCCACCGAGCCCUUUAACUGAAAAAUUCCGUCCGUGGGCUGUCUCCGUAAGUGAAAGUGGCCACAUUGCUGUCGUAGACAGAGGAAAUAACUGUAUUCACAUUUUUAAUCCGAGAGGCGAUUUCUUACGGCACGUAGCCAAACCCUACGGAAACCAAAGCAAGUUCUUAGAGGUGUAUGGCGUGACAUUUUUAUCACGCAGUACUUUUGCAGUGGCCGAAUACUCGCCGUCAACCGGAAGUGGGUGUCUCUUGGAAAUGGAUAUUUCUGGGGAGCACUUGCGCGUGAUUGGGAACCUCAAAGGGCCUGCCUAUAUCACUGCAUUCAACACCGCUUCGCGAGAAGGGAAGAAAAUCAUAGCAGUUUAUUACACAAACAGCUUGGAGGCACCUGAGAUAUUUGGCGACGAAAGCAAGCUCGAGCUACCAUUGCAAGAAAAUGACAAUGGCUUUCUGUUUCAUCCUCAAAAAGGCGUCUUUUUGAAGGACAAACUCGUGUUUUCUGACAUAAAUGAAAGGAAGAACCAAGGAUGCGUGAAAGUCUUCGAGUCCCAGGGUCAAUUUAGCCAUGAGUUUGGUAAACAGCCUAUUUGGAACGAGGAAGGCUUGGGCCAUCCUCUUCGUAUUGCCGCUGACCCUUUAAGCCGCAAAGUCCUAGUUUACCACCAGUUUUCCAGCAAGAUGAUGGUGUAUGACGUCAAUGGCGCAUGCAUGUCGGAGUUUCGUACUGUAUCUGGACUUCUUGACUUUGUUGUUACAGCCGAUGGCCACAUGUUUGCCACGUGCAGCAACAACAGUGAAUUUCCAAAUUCUCUAAUCGUUUUAUCUUAUAAUACUUAAGAGAUUAUGAAAAGAGCUUAUCACUUUGUUAUGACUUAUGACAGCCAUGACAAGACGGUCGACCCCAGAGUUCUUCGUGUGCGGAAAACAGAAGUACUAGGGACUAGAAUUGUACAUUACGAGUAACAGUGUGCGCUCACAGGUCCUAGAUCUAUGAUUGUUGUUGUUGUUGACACCGGCCAACUUCUGCCACGUACUCAGGCGCCAUUUCUCAUUCUCGCGACCAAGGAAAGGAAAUAGUAUACGCGCUGGCGAUACGGUUUGACUUACAGGGUGAACCAGGGUCAUAUUUUUCUCAAAACGAAUGAUGCUUUGGAAUAAGAGGAACAUUCUUCUUAAACUCUGCGGUGUUUUCCUAUACAUUUGUGUUUUGUUCAGUUUGUUGCCUGGAGGCAAACCAGGUUAUAUUAGUUACAUCAGAGAGGAUGUCUUAUUUAGUCAAAAAAUGGAAAUUAAAGGCAAUACUUUGGGA